UGAUGAACCUCUAAAAUGCACUUUCCCAUUGUUCUGUCUGUCCGUCCCCAGUACUUCACCUGCCUCCUGCUCAUCCUCAUCGCCCAGGUUACGGCUGGCGUGCUCAUCUACUUCCAGAGAGACAGACUGCAACAGGAGAUGUCCACCAUCGUCAAGGGGAUGCUGGUCAACUACACUGGUCAGAACAGGACCACAGAACAUUCCUGGGACUAUGUGCAGAGGACGAUGAAGUGUUGUGGCUGGGUGUCUCCAGGUAACUGGUUGGAGAACGUGUGGAUCAAGAACAGUUCUGUCUCGCUGUACCCCUGCUCCUGUCGGAAUGAAACCCUGCCUGGGACAGACAUGAAUGAGACUGGGCUCUGUGAACACUUGUCUGCUGACCGGCCAGUAUACCAAACG